UACCCUACCCACGUUUUUGGAUUAAAACACCCCUUUUUAUUAUUUCUGGAGGUAUUGCCGACGCAGGGUAUGCUGAAAAUCCUCUGCAUCUUAAGGUUUUGAGUGGGCUUGCAUUUAAUCUGGGGCAAGGGAAGAUUGCUUGAAGGGUUUGUAGCCGCGGAGGAUCGGAGCUUCAGAUCUUCUCAUUAUUAUACCUUCAGCUGCAGUUGUUGCAGCCAUGUUACGAGCCAGAGCUUCACGUCUUUAUGAAUUAGUGGCUAGAACACAUGGCACAAGGGCUGUUGCAACAAGUACAACAAAAUUUUCUGGCACAGAGAUUUCAAAGCAGUCGUCCUCUGGUGGACUUUUUUCCGGGCUUGGUGGAAGCAAGUCGAGCUAUCCUCCUCUAGAUUUGCCUUUGCCAGGUGUACAGCUUCCUCCUUCAAUUCCGGAUCAUAUAGAGCCAACAAAGACAAAUGUCACAACUCUACCUAAUGGUCUUAAGGUUGCAUCUGAAAACUCACCGAGUUCCACUGCAUCAAUUGGAUUGUAUGUUGAUUGUGGUUCUGUGUAUGAGACACCCUUGUCAAGUGGGGCAACUCACCUCCUGGAACGAAUGGCAUUUAAAACUACAAAAAAUCGCAGUCAUUUACGGAUGGUUCGUGAAGUGGAGGCUAUUGGAGGAAAUGUUACGGCAUCAGCAUCCCGAGAACAGAUGGGUUAUACUUUUGAUGCACUCAAAACGUAUGUACCAGAAAUGGUUGAACUGCUCAUUGAUAGUGUGAGAAAUCCAGUUUUUCUUGAUUGGGAGGUCAAAGAGCAGCUAGCAAGAAUAAAAACAGAGAUUGCAGAGAUUUCAAAUAACCCACAAAGUUUGCUUUUGGAGGCACUUCAUUCUGCUGGCUAUUCUGGUGCAUUAGGGAAUCCUCUCUUGGCUCCCGAGUCUGCUGUAAGCAGAUUAAAUAGUACAAUUUUAGAGGAGUUUGUUGCUGAGAAUUAUACUGCUCCACGCAUAGUUUUGGCAGCAUCUGGAGUGGAUCAUCAACAACUGCUCUCUGUAGCUGAGCCGUUGUUGGCAGAUUUGCCUCAUGUUCCUCAUUUUGAUAUAGCAAAGUCUGAGUAUGUUGGUGGCGAUUUUCGGUGUCAGGCAGACUCGCAGAGUACUCAUGUGGCUCUUGCAUUUGAGGUUCCUGGUGGUUGGCACAAUGAGAAAGAUGCUAUUGCUUUAACAGUUCUGCAGACACUCAUGGGAGGUGGUGGUUCUUUCUCAGCUGGCGGUCCUGGUAAAGGGAUGCAUUCUCGAUUGUAUCUUCGUGUUUUGAAUGAGCACCAAGAAGUGCAGUCAUUUAGUGCUUUCAACAGCAUGUACAAUGACAGUGGUCUUUUUGGCAUCCAUGCAACUACGGGUUCAAACUUUGUGUCAGAAGCUGUAAAGAUAGCAGCAGGAGAACUGAUAGCUGUUGCAACUCCUGGACAAGUCACUAAUGUGGAGCUGAAUCGUGCCAAAAAUUCUACUAAAUCGGCAGUUUUGAUGAACUUAGAAUCGAGGAUGGUUGUGACAGAGGAUAUUGGCAGACAGAUCUUAACCUAUGGGGAGAGGAAACCAGUUGAGCAUUUCCUGAAGGUUCUUGAUCAGAUCAGUCCGGAUGACAUAACAGCUAUUGCACGUAAAAUUAUUUCAACUCCACUAACCAUGGCAGCAUGGGGGAAUGUUAUUAAUGUUCCAAACCAUGAUGCUGUCAGUCGAUUCUUUCAUGCAAAAUAAUGGACGAUGACAUUGUACUGCCACUAUUGAUAGUGUACAAUUUUUCGUUCAAGAUAUUUAAGUACUCCUGGUGAGGAGAAUUGUGAAUUUUAUGUCAGACAUCGCAAUUCAUAAGCCCUUCAUGUAAAAUGUACCGGUGAGAAUUUAUCCACUUGAUUUCAUUCUGGACUACAAGGUUGUGGCGACUGGAAAUAAAGGAUGUCCCAAAAAUAAAUCUCAAGUAAAAUUUUGUCGAGUCAAGUACAUUUGUUUACCAUUGCAUUUUUUUGUAUUUUUAACUAUUAACUAUAUUACGUAAAGUCAAAGAUUUUGUCCCAGGAAUUGAAGAUGUGAAUUGACUCUAGAGAUGUCUGAAACAUCUUCAAAUAAACUGAAAACAUUAUAUUGAUUUUUGUCUACUUAAGCUAAAAAUGAGCGUGGUAUCUCUAUACGUGU